AUGAUGAACUCGCCGUCACGACUGAGGGUCCUGCGGCAGUAUGGAAGCCAUAGUUAUGAUGACAGUGACGUUUCUCUGAAUUCUAAUAGCGGCAGACCUCUGAAUUCCAAGAUUCCCAGCAAGGCCAUUAGUCCAAACAACGACACUAACGCCAGAAACACAAGCAGCACGACAAACAUGGUGGUAUCGUCGAUAUUCUACAAUCCAACCAGAAGAAGAACUCGACAUCGUCGAUCCAAUAGCAAUUCAUCGAUUCAUGAUAAGAAUGGUUCUUCUACUACUCGCAAUAAUUCACAACGUGCGUAUUACGACGAUGGCUUUCGAUCGAAUCCGGCAGCGAGAUGUUUGGAUGCUCCCACUGCGCAUUGGAUGAAUUGGGUGGAACAUUCCAUUGAUUUCUUUGGUUGCGAUGCACAGAAUGAAGGUUUCUUGGGAAAGGCACUGGCGGAACUUGGUAAGGAUCGAAACGCUUCCAACAAGGGCAUUACCGAUGAUCGACGGGAUUACUGUCAGAUGCACGAAGAAUUUUUUGAAUCCUUAUUGAAAGAACAACUCCUGUUGCAAGAUUAUUCGCAAGAGUUGGCCUAUAGCAGCACUGGGAUAUCCGAUUUGGAAGAAGCUACUAGUUUUGACAGCAACAAUGCCGAAGAUGAUCUGUUGCAUGCGGAUGACACCUCAAUUGUGUCGAAUAAUUCUACAGCCUCUUUGAAUCCCAUCAGUACUUCAUCGAUAACGCCCAGUACUACUUCCGAAAAGGACAAGUCGGCAACGCCUCCUCCGAAAAAGAAGGAACGGAGGAUACCCUACUUUCACAAAAUUUCCCCAAGACGCAAACGUGUGGCUCCCAUUGAGGCGUACAACCGACAAUACAAUCCAGAAUUGUUUUCGUCAGACUUUCAAAAGCCCUCCAAAGGCGAAAUCCAUUUGGAUGGACUGAUCCAGAAACGAUUGCCCGAACCCAUUUCCUUUGUGCAUCCACAUGCCCAACUCCAAAAGGACAAGGGUCGGGGAGUAGCGCUGGGGAGCAAUAUUUGCGCCGAAGGCAAGGAUGCGACCCUGGAGAAAUUAAGGGACAAGAUGAAAUUGGUCAUUCAAGUACGAGGCAAUGAACGCAAAUCGUCUCUCCUCAAGAGAGAUGCCAAAAUUUCUCAAGAAACACCCAGCUUUAUUGAAACGAGGUCCAUGAUUGAAAUGAAAUUGGGCUUUUUGUCCUUGCAAUAUGGUUUGUUGUUGCGAUGGGACCGCAAGACGGGCAAGGUUCGAUUUGUGUGUUUGCGCAAAAUGUGCCACGAGUCCUUUUACAAGGUGGCCCAACAACAAACGAGCACCAUUCAAGCGAUUCAAAUCCAAAAGAGUGAAUUGGAUGCUACACCCUUUAUCGUCACUGCAUCCCAGAAUGGAAUUGGUGGGGCGAAUCAUGCCAUUUAUCAACGGGUGUCGGGAACGGAAGUGGUCUUUGUCUCGGAACCUUAUCGGAUCGAACCGCCAGAUUCCUUUGCACCCAGUAUCAUUACUUUGCAAAUCCAAUCCGUCACGGGGAUUCACCCAAAGCAAAAAUGGUCCAUGAAUGUCACUUUUGCGGGCCAUUCCGAAAUGGCCAUACUCGAAUAUUCCAAAGACAAGAAACGAUUUGUACCCAAACGACCAUCCAUGGUAUGGGAGGUUCCACAACAGGCGACGAAUCAAAAUAACGCUACUAAUUCCAACCUCGAGACCAUUGAGGAAUACAAUGGUGACGACGAAGAAAAAAGGAACGAUUUGGAUCCCUCCUUGUUGAAUCUCGAAAUCCGUCUCUUUGAAAAGCAAAAACGAAGGUCGUCUUCGUCCCGAUUAUCCGCCAGCAUGACGUUGCCGCUGGCCAGUUUGAUUGCCCAGCCGACGGCCACGAAUUUCAAAUCGUGGUCGUUGACCAUGCCCUUUGGGAAUGCUGGGAAACUGACUCUUAACUUGCAACAUCGAUCCGACUAUACCCAUUGGCUCUAUCGUGAAUUGGAUCAGCGCCGAUUGGAAGAAGUUAGCUGCUUGCAACAAGAACAAGAAGCUUGGAAUCGACAACAGCAAGAAAUUUGGGAAGAACAACCGGCGUCACCAGACUUUUACGAUUGGCUAUGCGGAGUCUGUCUGCAAUAA